GCCCGCCUCCUCCGCGCCUGGCGCAGGCGCUGGCGGCGCGGCGCCUUCGGCAAGCGACGCCGGCGCCGGCGCCGCGGGCGACGAGGAGAGCCUGGCGGGCGCCGCGGCCAGGCUCCACGUCGGCGGUGCAGCAGGGCAGACGAGCAGUGGCGGCGCCACCAACGCCAAUGCAAGGCCGUUCAAUCCGUAUGCUCAGGCACACGUGCCGCAGCAACAGCAGCGCGGCACCGAGAGUGGACGGGCGACGCCCGAUUGGCAGGCCGAUGGCAUGGUGAGUUUAGAGUGCGAGAAAGGCAGAACGGGCAAAGGCGGGGCUAGAGCGGGACGGCAGAUGCUAGUAAGGAAGACGCUGAGGGGCUGAUGCACAUGUCUUCUCCGCUUCUCGUUCUGGCGCCCCUCGUGCGGCCCGUCCUCUCUCGCACAGCAACAAGCCUCGCUCUUCGAUCCGACAUACAUGGGUCCCGUGCCCGGCGGCAACUCCAACUCCGUCGCUGCUGUCGGCGGCGGCGCCAACAGCGGCGAAGCACCUCGAGCGUUCAACCCCUACUCGCAUCUCGACGCCUAUGGCCAGUCCACCUCGGACUCGGGCUUCGAGGCUCGCGGCUCCUCGCGUGCGCCUCAGCCUCUCUCCUACGCCAUGCACACGGCGCCCUUGCCGCACGUGUCGAAUCUGCAUCCUCACCAUCUCUCCUCGCACGCCUUUUUCCUCUCGCCCACGCAGCGCGAGGAGCUGGCGCGCCGCAACGACGCCGUGCACGCGGCGGCCGUGCCGCCAGAGCAGGGCGGCCCGCAUCUGCCAGAGGAGCUGCACGUCUAUCACUCCCUCGUGCCCCUCGAGGCAGCGCAUGGCUCGGCCUUGCCGCCCGCCCUCACCGAUCCGCGCGUCGCGCCGCCCACGGCGCCCGGCGCCAGCCUGCAUCUCAGCGGCGCCGCGGGCGAGCCUUCGCGCGUCUUUGGCUAUCGCAGCACCGCCUACAAGGCCCUCUGCACCCUCGACGGCAAGGCGUACGUGCUGCGCAGACUCGAGGGCUUUCGACUGCAGCACGAGGCGGCCAUUGGGCUGGUGGAGAGAUGGAGAAGGAUCAGACAUCCAAGCAUCGUCAGUGUGCGCGAGGCAUUCACGACGCGAGCGUUUGGCGAUCAAUCCAUCGUCUUCGUGUACGACUACCAUCCGCUCUCGACGACGCUGUACGGCGAGCAUAUGGUUCCCAAGCCUCCUCAACUCGACCGGCGCACUGGGCGUCUGCAAGCCGUGUCGAUGAGCAUCUCUGAGCGUACGCUGUGGAGCUACGCCACGCAGCUCACCAACGUGCUGCGCUGCAUCCACGGCCACGGCCUGGCGGCGCGCUGCAUCGAGCCGAGCAAGGUGCUGCGCACGGGCAAGAACCGAGUGCGCCUCAAUGGCUGCAGUGUCUUUGAUGUCAUCGCCUAUGAUCCGCGCGCCUCGGCCAGCACCUUGGCGGCGCAGCAGGGCGAAGACCUGCUCAAUCUCGGCAAGCUCCUCGUGUCGCUGGCAUGCAACAGCAUGGCCGCCGUGCAGAAUCUGCCAAAGUCGCUCGAGCAAGUCACGCGGUCGUACAGCGCCGAACUCAAGAAUCUCAUCCUCUGGCUUCUCGGCAAGCCGGCGCCGAGCAAGACGGCGGAUGAGCUGGGCAGACUGCUGGGAAGCCAUGUGGCGGACGAAGUCGACUCGGCGUUGAACUAUGCCGAUCUGCUCGAGAGCGGCCUCUCCAAGGAGCUGGAGAACGCAAGACUGGUGCGCCUGCUCUGCAAGUUUGGCUUCAUCAAUGAGCGACCCGAAUUCGACCACGACCCGCGCUGGUCCGAGACGGGCGAUCGCUACAUCAUCAAGCUGUUCCGCGACCACGUCUUCCACGCCGUCGACGACGCCGGCCGGCCCGUCGUGGAUCUCUCGCACAUCCUCACCAACCUCAACAAGCUGGAUGCGGGCAGCGAGGAGAAGAUGAUGCUGACCAGUCGCGACGAACAGAGCUGUCUGGUCGUCAGCUAUCGCGAGAUCAAGAACUGCGUCGAAGCAGCCUUUCAAGAUCUCUCUCGCGCUCGCUGAGGAGGGCAUCUAGAGCCGCCCUGCCUGCGUCUGCAUCUCGUCGCUCCCGUCGCACGUGCACACACACACACACCCGUCACCUCUGCUCUCUUCUUCCAGCUCUUCAUUCCCUUUGUCCCCCUCCCUCUGGGUGCCCUAUUUUUUUUUGCUUCUCUCUCUCAUUCCCUCCAAUCUGCUCUGUGUAGUCAGCAUCCUCUCAAUCUCCAUCGUCUGUAUGCUUC